AUGGGUGACACCAUGAAAGCUUGGCAAUAUUCUGUCAUCGACGGCAAGCUCGAGGAUUCUCUUGUUCUCAACAAAUCAGCGCCCAUGCCAAGCUCCUCAGCUUUGGGUAAAGAUGAGCUCCUUGUCGAAGUCAUCAGCGCAUCGCUCAACCCAGCAGAUUACAAAGUCCCCGAGUCAACUCUCAUCGGACGUCUCAUGGUCGCACGCCCCGCUACGCCUGCCAUGGACUUCUGCGGCCGCGUUGUAGCCACACAUCCCACAAAUUCCAGCUUUCAAGUCGGACAACUUGUAUUCGGCGGAUAUGCUGGCGUUGGCCAGAAGGGUACGUUGGCAGAGUACAUUGUCAUCUCAGGAACUCACUGCACACCCCUCCCGGAUGGCAUAGACCCUGAUCACGGCGCAGCGGUUGGCACGGCAGCGACAACAGCCUGGCAGUCUCUGUUACCGGGUACACUACAACCUGGCGGCAAGGUAUUAAUCAACGGAGGGAGCGGCGGUACAGGCACUUGGGCUAUCCAACUGGCAAAAGCCUUAGGCGUUCAGGUCGUCACGACGUGCUCCACGAAGAACAUCGAGCUCUGCCGAGAGCUUGGCGCGGAUGAAGUCAUUGACUAUAAGAAGGAUGACAUCGUAUCAAAGUUGAAAAAUCGGGGAAGGACCUUUGAUCUCGUCAUUGACAACGUGGGCAACAGUCCCGAGCUGUAUGACAGCAGCAGCGCUAUCUUGAAGCCUGGUGGAACUUUUGUCAUGGUGGGUGUCGGAGAAAGUCUCACACUUUCAGGAUCGUUCUCAAUGUUGAGCAAGAUGAUAUGCCCAAAGAUUCUGGGCGGACAGCAAUUUUAUUUCGUGCGAAUGCAGAACAGCACGGACUUCUUCCGACGAAUUGGCGGGUUGAUGGGCAAGGGAGAGGCCAAGGCGGUGAUUGAUUCAACGUUCAGGCCCAAGUGGUACUUCCGUCGCGGGGUAACAACUACCUAUGCUCAGUCGAUUUGA